AACGGAUGAGAAUCUAUAUCCAUUCCACCAACUUCCAAUGGUGGUUGGUCAUAAAAAAUGGCGAGCAAAUCCCAAUGAAGAACGUGGGAGAAACCACAGUCCCAAAGACCGAGGACGAGUUUGAUGCCGAGGACAUCAAGAAGGUGGAGAAUUAUGCAAAGGCCAUCAAUAUGCUAUAUUGUGCGGUCAACCCCGAAGACUACCGAAAGAUCUCCUGUUGCACAAUCGCCAAGGAGAAGUGGGACAAGCUUGAAGUGAUGUACGAAGGUACCGAUCAAGUUCGUGAAGCCAAGAUCGAUUUUCUCACCCAAGAGUACGAAAUGUUCCGAAUGAAGGAAGACAAGCAAAGAACAGGUACCUCCGGGAAAUCAAAGUCUAAAUCCCAGGCUCCUCCUACGACCUCCGAAGAGCGCCUCUACUACGGAGACGGAUCGUACCUCUGGUUCGAUUCCGAGGAGGAGCGCACCCGUUUUCUCACCUUCUUCUUUAAAUGGGUUGUGGCUCCCCCGCGGAUUGUCCCGGAGCGCCUACCGGAGUUGCAGGGCUACGACGGCCUCGACGUGCAACUUCACCAAACCGGCCUAUGGCUGUUCGUCUCCCGGGCUCGGAAGAAGAUCAACCUGGCGCUGAUUUGGGCCUUCUACUCCAACCUCCGGCGUGAGGGCGACAUGCUCUACUCCCUUGUCAAGAGCACGCCGAUCGAGCUCACCAUUGAGAAGCUUGGGCGCAUCGCCGGCCUCCCCUACCAAGGCAAUGACAUCUCCAACUAUGGUGGAGAAGACUGGGUGCUCAACAACGAGGGCCUUGUCCUCAACGAGCUUGGCAUCACCGAGCUCAUCCGCCACGCCACGGGCCGUCCCACCAUCCACUCCGCGAACCCCGAGAGCCGCCUCCUUCUCUGCAUUGUGUCCCGAAUCAUCAAGCCCCGGAAGCAUGGGCACACGAUCAUGUCCGGUGAGGACCUCAAGCUCCUCCACGCGAUCAUGCACUCGGCGCCAAUCAAUUGGGCGAAGUUUGUAAUGAUCUACAUGACGAUCGCCGCAUCCACCGACCACGAUCAACUCCUUCCGUACGCGUUCUUAGUGAUGGACAUCCUUGAACGGUUCAAGGUCACCACCAUCGUUGGCCCGCUCACGAAGGCCACGAAGAUUUGGACGAUCAGCGCCCAAACCUUCAAAAAGCGGUCGGACAACGCCGGACCCGCCAUUGCCGCACCACGCCGCACUGCCCCUGGCCCAGCCGGACCCUAGGCCCGGGCUAACCAAGCCUCCAUCGCCGACUCCCUCAACCGACUACACUUCACAGUUGACGGGAUGGAUGGCUAACUUGAGCGGCUCGACGAGGCUGUUCAACACCAAGGGCAUGCCAUGAACGCGUACUUCCAACGCGUUAACUACGUCCCUCCACCGUACCAUGGCACGUUCCUUG